AGCAGGGCUGACCUCAAAACUGUGUACAGUAUUGGUUUGACGUGCUGCUUAGGUUUUUUAUUAAAAAAUGGCAUUGAUUUCAAGUUUAGUUUCUUAAGCCUUGUCUGCGUGAGUCGAAGCCUUAACCGUUUGGAAAAAGAGACCUUAAACAGGUUAUAUUCUGCAGUGAAAGUCAUGGCCACAUUGGUUUUACUGGGACUCAGGUGUUCUGUGUCCAGGCCAUCUAUUCUCCAUAAGUUUUAUUCCAGCCGCAGUUCCUGCUACUCAACAUAUACACAACUGUUAAACAGAACAACUUGCACUCCGCUGAAUGUAGCCUUCACAUGCAGAAGUCCUGUAUUUGUCAGUGUGAGGACGCUGUCUUCUGUCCCUCCACCUCCUUCAUCUGGAAAGAAACAGUCUACAGAGAAGAAGUUUGGUCCAGUCACAUGGAAAUCUCUCGCUAUCACGUUUGCCUUGGGUGGGACUCUUCUCCUGGGCAUGAAAUACUUUAAAAAAGAAAAAGAGGAAAAGUUUGAGAAAGAGAGAACAAAGUCUUUAGGGAAACCAGCCCUUGGAGGUCCGUUCUCUCUUAUCGAUCACAACGGCAAACCCUCAAAAAGUGAAGACUACCUCGGCCAGUGGGUGCUGAUCUAUUUUGGAUUCACACACUGUCCAGAUAUCUGUCCUGAUGAACUGGAGAAAAUGAUCGCAGCCGUGGAUGAAAUUGACAGGAUAAAGACACUCCCGGAUUUAACACCAAUUCUGAUCACAAUCGAUCCGGAAAGGGAUACACCUGAGGCAUUGGCAGCUUAUGUCAAAGAGUUCUCGCCGAAGCUGAUAGGCAUGACCGGAACAACGGCACAAAUCGAGCAAGUUUCCAGAGCCUACAGAGUAUACUACAGUCAGGGUCCAAAAGAUGAAGACAAUGACUACAUUGUCGAUCAUACCAUCAUAAUGUACCUGGUCGGUCCUGAUGGAAAGUUUGUAGACUAUUAUGGCCAGAACAAGAAAUCAGCCGAGAUCUCCUCUUCCAUCGCGUCACACAUGAGGAAGCAGAGACAGGCCAAGUAGUGAAAGAUGAAAAGACAAGUUUACACAAUGGACUCACUUUCUCUUUAUUUCUCACCCCAGAGACUUGGUGAAUAUUCACAAUUACUUUAAGAUCAACUUCUGUAUAAAAUAUUGUUUCUGUUGAACAUUUCUCCAUAUGAAAAGGGUCUUAAAUAAAAAUCCAUUCUCUGUUUUUUUUUUAUUUUACUGGACUUGGAAAUGUUUACAGUGAUUAACCAUUAGAUUUGUAUUACAACUAACAUGAGCUAAUGCAGUAGGUGCAAACUGUUGAUGUCCUUCAAGACUUGAAACCCUGCAGAUCCAAUUAUAUUUAUUACGAUUCUAUGCCAUCUUUUGAGUCCUGCACAAAUUCUGUUCAAGAUGUUCUCAGACUUCUCAGGUGCCUUGUCAUAACAUGCUGGGAAGGUAACAUUAUUCUCUCCAGGAAGUCUUCUGCUGAUCUGGGCGUCAGGCUGCUUCCUAGUGGGACCAAUAAAAUUCACGGCUUUCACCAA